CUUCACCACAAAAUGUGCCAGUGCCACAAGAUAAUCCGGUGUUUACGCAAAAUAAAUUCGAUAUUUUAACUGAAGUCAUUGACAAAAUGCCAAUUGAAAAUAAACCGCCACCUAUUUUUAUUCAAAUUAGUGCAUCGUGCGCGGACCACACAGCCUUGAUUGCCUUAUUACAAUCAGUGAAUAUCUCUGCCACUGAUUUUGUGAUCCAAAUUUUAAAUAAAACUCAAAUCAAACUAUCACUCUCUUCCAUGAAUCAAUAUGACCAAGUGAUCACUCUUUUACGUGAAAAAACUAUAGAAUUUCACUCCUAUCAAAAAACUCAGGAUCGUCCAUAUCGUGUCGUAUUACGCGGUCUUCCUAAUCAACCCCCGGCUCUCUCAUAGCAGAAUUUCUCAAAAAACAUGGACAUGAACCAGUUCGUAUUCACUUACUUAGACAUUGGAAAACCAAAGAGCCCAUUCCAUUACGUGAAAUUGACUUAAAAAAAGCGCCCUCUAACAGUUUUGUUUUAAACAUUAAAUCAUCCUUCUGUGAAAAUCAACAUUUUAAAAUCUCUUUUGAAUCUCCGCGACCUAAAAGACAUGUAAUUCAAUGCCUAAACUGCCAAAAAUAUGGUCACUCUCGCAACUUUUGCGCCCGUAAACCAAUUUGUGUAAAAUUUGGUCAACCUCACAAAUCUGAACUCUGUGACAAACCUAAGGAGGGCCCCCCCCCCACCUGUGCUCUCUGCGGUACCACUGGUCAUACUGCAAAUUACAAAGGAUGCUCUAUAUAUCAGGCUAUUAGGAAGAAACGUCUCGCAG